UAUUACCCAUCCCACCUCUUCGAAUCUCGUCGUCCAAAAAAAUCCUCUCCGAACCCUAUGUCUUCCUUCCCCUUAUGCCAAGAGACCAAGAAUCAAACGUGGGCUCAUCAGCUAUAGCACUCUCCCUCAUGUGCCCUCGAUUGCUCGUGUGCUGUCGGCGGUUAGGUACUCUUCUGUAGCAGCGACGUCGUCUUUCAGGUACUGUUCUCUCCUCUGGAACUGAGUCGUUAAAUCUUUCGUUCCAGAUCGAUACCGGACCGUGAGUACGCUCGAUCCAGAUCGAAAUUCGUAGGGGGUGAGCGAUUUAGGCAACUAUGGACUAAAUUUUAGUGAUUUCUCACUUAUUACCUCUAUGUGAGUUUGCAACAUCCAUUGCUCCAGUUAUAAGAAGGACAAGAGAAGCUGCUGCUGUUAUCAUUUUUGUUUUUCAGACCAAGUAGGGUACAUAACAUUGUAGGAACUUGAGCAUGAGCGGUGCACCUAAAAGACCUCACGAAGAGAGUGGUCAUUCCUCCUCUUCAAAAUACCCACAUGAUGAUUCAGGAGCUUACCCGAAGCUGUCAUCAUCGGUUUCCAAUGAGUACCAUCCUCCCUAUGAGAUGGCUCAAGAUUCUCGCUUGCCGAAGAUUCCCCGUACAGAAUCCCGUGACCUGGAUAGAAGAUCUCCCAUUCAUUCAAUAUAUCGAAUGCCAUCAACUUCAAAUGAUUUGCAUGUAGAUCAGCCUGUUGCUUCUGAAAACAGAUUGGAGUCCAGAGAUUCCAAGGAUACUAGAGAUCUUCGCUUUGAGAACCGAGACACAAAGACGGAGACAAAGGACUUGUACAGUGAGUCAAGAAGGGAUACACAGAAUGCUAAGGGUGAAAAGGAUGUGAGGUAUGACAGUCGAGGGGAUGACAAUAAGGAGACGAAAUAUGAAAGGGAGAAUUUUAAUGAUGUGAAGGCUGACCUGAAAAUGGAAGGUUAUGGUGUGGUCAGUAGUCACUUGAAUUGGAAAGACUCAAAAGAAUACCAUAGAGGAAAACGGUAUUCUGAUGCCCCAGCUGGAAGUACAGAUGCCUGGCAUCGCAGUAGUACACAAGGCCACGUUGAGGUUGGAAAGGAAGUCCCUGCUACUGAGGAGCGGGAUCAUGUAGAGGCACAUGAGGCUGUUGGGGAAAAUAAAUUUGAUUCUAAAGGUGAGGAUAAAUUCAAAGAAAAGGAUAGAAAAAGGAAAGAUAUGAAGUACCGGGAAUGGGGAGACAAGGAUAAGGAAAGAAGUGAUCGUAGGAGCACUAUUCCAGUAGCUAACAGCAGUAGUGAGUGCAAAGAACCAGCAAAAGAAGAAAGAGAUGCAGAUAGGUGGGAGAGGGAGAGGAGGGACACCGGCAAAGACAAGGAAAGACAGAGAGAGAGGGAAAGGGAUCAUACCAAGAAAGACCCAUGGAAUGGAGUAGAGAAAGAUGGUUCAAAUAAUGAGAAGGAAGUGGGGGACGGGUCUAUUAGAGUGUCAGAACAGGAAAUUCUGCCAGCAGAGCAGAAAAAACAGAAAGAUUUUGAUAGUUGGAGAAAUGUUGAUAGGGAAUCCAGAGACAGGAGGAAAGAAAGAGAUGUUGAUGUUGAAGGAGAUAGAACUGACAAGCGCAGUAGGGGCUAUGACAAAGAAUCAGAUGAUGGAUGUGCAGAUUGUGAAGGGGCUACAGACCGAGAUAAGGAAUUUUGUAAUUAUGGAGUUCAGCAGCGUAAAAGGAUGCAACGAUCAAGGGGUAGCCCUCAGGUGGCAAAUCGUGAGCUGCGCUUUAGGUCCCGCACUCAAGACAAUGAAGGAUCCCAAGGUAAAAAUGAAGUAUCCUCUGUUGUUUAUAAAGUUGGCGAAUGCAUGCAAGAACUGAUAAAGUUGUGGAAGGAAUAUGAAGUAUCUCAAGGUGAAAAAAAUGAAAGCUGUCUAACUGGUCCAACCCUUGAAAUUCGGAUCCCAGCUGAGCAUGUUACCGCAACAAAUCGCCAAGUUAGAGGUGGCCAGCUGUGGGGGACAGAUAUAUACACAGAUGAUUCAGAUCUCGUUGCUGUUCUCAUGCACACAGGAUACUGCCGACCAACAGCGUCUCCCCCACCUCCUGCAAUCCAGGAGUUGCGUGCUACAGUUCGAGUACUACCUCCACAAGACUGUUACAUUUCUACUCUGAGAAACAAUGUUCGAUCUCGAGCCUGGGGAGCUGCGAUUGGUUGUAGCUACCGUGUUGAGCGCUGUUGCAUCGUGAAGAAGGCAGGAGGAACCAUUGAUCUUGAGCCUUGUCUUACGCACACUUCUACAGUGGAGCCUACCCUUGCUCCAGUGAUUGUUGAGCGUACAAUGACUACAAGGGCUGCAGCUUCGAAUGCAUUGCGGCAACAAAGAUUUGUACGAGAAGUUACAAUACAGUACAACCUCUGCAAUGAGCCUUGGAUUAAGUACAGUAUAAGCAUUGUUGCUGACAAGGGUUUGAAGAAAACUCUUUAUACUUCUGCGCGUUUGAAGAAGGGAGAAGUUCUUUAUUUAGAAACACAUUCAUGCAGGUAUGAGCUUUGUUUUACUGGAGAGAAGAUGGUCAAAGCUACACAGCUAUCACAGAUGCAUGAAGGUGAGACAGAGAAAAGUCAAAAUCAUGUAUCGCAUUCCACCAAUGGUGAAAGAAAUGAUUCUGAUAACAUUAUGAUUGAUGUCUUUCGAUGGUCUCGAUGUAAAACGCCUCUUCCCCAGAAGGUCACGCGGUCCGUUGGGAUCCCACUGCCCCUUGAAUAUGUGGAGGUGUUGGAGGAGAAUCUUGACUGGGAGGAUGUCCAAUGGUCACAGACUGGUGUCUGGAUUGCUGGGAAAGAAUAUACACUUGCUCGGGUGCAUUUUCUGUCGACAAAUUAACCUAUGUUUUAUAUUUUUCUCAAUUUGUUCAAACAACAAUGUUUCUUGACUUCUUUUCUUGCCAUCCUGAUUUAAUGUAUGGGUUUGGUAUAAUAUAUUUUACUCAAUGAUAACGCUUAUACAGUUAUAUAUAUUACUAUUUAUUUCCCUUUCUUUGUAAUUAUAAGCAUUUUGCCGUGUAACUAUGUUCUCUGAUUCCAUUUUGGGAAAAAUAGAAAAUAAUUUCCGAGCAC